GCAGCAUCCUGCUUUAAUUUUAUACAUAUUACCUGUUUCAAAUGUUCGUAAAACGCCCAUAAUUUCAAUUUCAACUUACUUGGUUGUCUUUUUUUUGUGAUAAUUAUGAUACUUGUGAGAUAAAUACAUAAAGACUGUUUUCAUGUAUCCAUACUAAGUAAAAAAAGUAAUACAAAUGAAAGGAAUCAUUGAUUGGCACCCGUGAGAGAGAAUCAGCGCGAAAAAGGAAGCGCGUGCCCGUGGCGAAAGUAGUCGAAGGUUGUCGAAUGAUAAUGUACUUAGAAAACGAAUCAAUAGCACCAUGAAAACAAUUAAUAUUUUAAUCAUAUUUUCACAAAUACAUAAUUGGAUAAGUUACAAAACCCGAUUUAUUUAAAUUGGAAAAAUAAUGAUACCAAAUAAUUCUCCAACUACACCCUCCUGCAAAGAAGGAUUUCCCCUCAGAUCGUGUAGUGAUGAUCUAGAGGCUGGAAACAACAAAGAAAACAAAACUACGAAGAAUGGAUAUUUCGAAAGACGGUAUCAAAAAACCCUUUUACCUGAUGUUCAUAUUACUGUAGCUGACGAACGGUCAUCCAAGAAUAAGUUUCGUGCCGGCGAUGUUAGUCCUAUAGAAGUACCUAGGCACAAGACUAGUUUUACAUGUUAUCGUCUAUUGGUUCCUGAGACUACUACCGAAAAACUAGUACUUUUCGUAUGCCUUACAAUAUUUUUCACCCUGCUCGCAUCGUUGGUAUAUUUUUUCGUAAAAAUAGAUUGCAUAUUUGGAGCAAAACAACAAACAUGUAAAAAUAACUGGUUCUUGAACAAUGAUCCCAAUAUAUGUAUGAAAGAAGAAUGCGUCAAAACAGCUGCUUCAUUAUUAUCGGCCAUGGAUCCAACUGCAGAUCCAUGUGAAGAUUUUUAUCAAUAUGCUUGCGGUACUUGGGAUAAGAGGCAUUUAAUUCCUGAAGAUAAAAGUAGUAUUAAUACAUUUGAAGUGCUUGCUGAUCGAUUACAAGUCAUCUUAAAAGGUCUUCUAGAAGAGUCAAUCAAUCGACUUGAUAGUUCGGCAACAAUUAAAGCAAAAUUAUUUUAUAAAUCGUGUAUGAAUAUUACUCAAAUCAGACGUAUUGGAGAAAUACCUAUUCGGAAUCUUUUAAAAUCAGUUGGAGGCUGGCCAGUAAUUGAUAAAAAUUGGCAGCCACCUACAUAUGGUAUUGAAGUUCUACUCGGUCGAUUAAAAAGAGAAUUUAACGAAGGAAUUAUAAUUGAACCAUGGGUUGGUCCAGAUGAUAAAAACUCUUCUGUUAACAUCCUUCAGUUGGAUCAAAUGCAACUAGGAUUACCAAGCCGAGAUUAUUUCUUAAAAGAUAGUAGCGCCGAAGCAUUACAAGCGUAUCACAAAUAUAUGUCGGAAGUAGCUGUGUUAUUAGGAGCUAAUAAAUCUACAGCACCGUUUGAACUUUUAAAAAUUAUUGAAUUUGAAAUUCAAAUAGCAAAUAUAACACAAACGGAAACUGAUCGACAUGAUUCAACGGGCACAUAUUUGAAACUUGCACUGAAUGACUUACAAAAACAAGUCCCUGAGUUUGAUUGGCAAUUAUAUUUAAAAACUAUUUUGCAAAUUAAAAUGUCUGACAAGGAACCUGUAGUCAGUUAUGCCAUGUCAUAUUUUACACAACUCGGCGAUUUAUUAAAAAAAACUGAUAGAAGAACUAUUCACAAUUACAUAAUCUGGAGAUUAGUUCAAAGCACUGUACUUCCACACAUGAUUGAUGAUUUUCAGUAUAAAAGAUUAGAUUUUAAAAAAAUAUUAUUAGGAAUUCUCAAUGAACGAAGUAGAUGGAGAGAUUGUGUAGAUUGGACAAAUAAACGUCUCGGAAUGGCGGUUGGUGCGUUGUUUAUUAGAGAUAACUUCAGCUUGGAAAGUAAAGUGACUGCUAUGGAUAUGAUCCAAUCAAUUCGUGAAGCAUUUAACGAACUUCUUAAUGAAAAUCAUUGGAUGGAUGAACAAACAAGAAUAGUGGCGAAAGAAAAGGCGGAUGCUAUGAAAGAAAGAAUUGGUUAUCCUGAGCUAUUGACCGAUCCUGACGAAUUAGAAAGAGAAUAUACUAUGUUGAAUGUUACCGAAGAUCAAUUUAUUCUUAACGUCUUUAGUGUGCUAAAAUUCGAUGCUUACCAAAAUUUAGAAAGACUAAGAAAACCUGUAGAUAAAAACAAAUGGUCAACAGAGCCAGCGGUUGUCAAUGCAUUUUAUAAUCCAAAUAAAAAUCACAUUGUUAUUCCUGCCGGAAUUCUUCAGCCUUUGUUCUAUAGUCAACAUUUUCCUAAAUCAUUAAAUUAUGGAGGUAUUGGUGUAGUAAUCGGUCAUGAGAUCACUCAUGGGUUUGACGAUAAAGGUCGACAAUUUGAUAAAAAUGGUAACAUGAUCGAGUGGUGGGAUACGAAAACAAUAUAUACAUUCAGAAAAAAAGCUCAAUGUAUGGUUGAUCAAUAUUCAAAGUAUAAAAUGCAAGAAGUCAAUUUACACGUCAAUGGACGUAUGACUCAAGGUGAAAAUAUAGCCGAUAAUGGCGGAUUAAAGCAAUCAUUUAGGGCUUAUAAAAAAUGGGUUUCCAAGCACGGUGAAGAACCAUUACUUCCUGGCAUUGAUAUGACGCACGAUCAACUUUUUUUUUUGAAUUACGCACAAAUUUGGUGCGGUUCAAUGCGGCCUGAAGAUGCAUUGACAAAGGUCAGAUCGUCUGUACAUUCACCUGGGCCAACACGUGUAUGGGGACCACUGUCAAAUUCUGAUGACUUUGCCAAAGCAUAUGGAUGUCCGAUUGGAUCUCGUAUGAAUCCCGUGAAUAAAUGCGUUGUUUGGUAAAAUUAAUUAUUAGGUUUCGUUUACUUUUUAUGUAUAAAAUUAUUUUGUUUUUCUUAAGAGUUGUUAUAUUCCCACGAAAUUAUUUACACAUAAUACAGAAAAAAGAGCAAGAAUAAAACACGAAUAUUAUAACAUUAUAUAGGUACCUUAUCAAUUUGAUAAACAUGCUAUCAAUCACUAUACUUUAUAAUCCGAUAUUUUAUUUUAAUAAUAAUUCAAAUUUAUUAUUGUUUUUCCAAUUAUUUCUCAAAAUGCAAUGUCUCCACAACAUAAUAUGUAACUGUAUAUCAUUACUAAAUACUAAUCUAUAUUAUUCAAUUGAAU